AUGAACUUAACUAAUAGUUAUGAGUAUGAUUUCAGUAUUGGUACUGAUUAUAUGUCCACUCUGGGUAUUGGUAUUUAUGGUUUACCUUUAUCAUAUGAUGAUGCUGAUUCAAGUAAGGAACGUAGAGAAGCCGAUAGACGCUUCAAUAAUAAGAGUGAUCUUCUUGAAUCCAUUGAGAGAGAAAAUGAACAAAAGGAAAAUAAUCCGGCUGUAGGUCCCAAACAGUUUGAGGAUGCUAUGGAUUAUAUUCGUCCGUUCAUUAAAGACAAUCAAGAUAUUCCUAAGGGUUCGUUUUGUACUAUACCUGAAAGUGUUGUAUGUUUGGACACUCCAGAAAAUGCUACGGCGUUCAGAAGCCCUUAUCCCAUUCCUUACAAGAUGCAAGGUGUAGUGGAUGAACAGGAAUACUGGCAAAGAAUUGGGGAAGCACCAGAAAGUAUCAAAGACAUCAACAAAGCCAAUAAAAGAUUAUUGAAGGAUAUGAAAGUCGUAAAUUCCAUACCCAAAGAAAAGUCAGGUAUAAAAAGAAAGAACUAUGCAAAGACAGCUUUGCAAAAGAAGAAACGCAGUAAGGUCUAA